CAUCACAACAAGCGCAAGGACAGUAUGGCCCAGUACAAAGUUCCAGAUCCUGACAAAGAUGAAGUUUGUCCUUAUGACAAAUCACAUGUCUUUCCAGCCAAAAGGAUGCAGUAUCAUCUCAUGAAGUGCAGAAAGAACCACAAAGGAAGUGUAUUUGCCACCUGUCCUUUCAAUGCAAGACACGAGAUGCCUAAACCAGAGCUGCGCUUCCAUCUAGAAAAUUGUCCAGACAAGGCAGUGAUUGAACCGAUGCUAGCUCAUGAGAGUAGUAAGAGGAAUGGAGAAGAUGCGUCCAUGUUUAGAGGAUGUACAGAUCUACCUGUGUAUGAUAAUGUUGUAAUUAACAGCGAGGAAAACUGGGAUGAUGAGAUUCCCUCUGUGGCCAGGAUUGGGGUGGACCCCCAGUUCUUUGCUCGUCAAGACCAUAUGAUUAUCCCAGGACUGACAAAAUCAGAGAAGAAAGAGUUUUCAAAACAAAUGUACCUUCCUGCAGAAGAUAGAAGGUACUUGUCACAUAACACAGAAACAGAACAGCCAUUAAAGGAUGAGCAGUCGAAGCUGCGUCUCCCUAAAACGGCAGCCCAGACUUAUCUAUCCAAUCAGAAUAAGUCGUUUCAGCAGCCAUCAGCAGUGUUUGCAUAUUCGUUAUCUAUGACAGGUGUUGGUAGAGGACUACCAGAUAAUGGUAUGAGUAGAGAAGAGAAUAAAAGGCCAGAUCGAAGCAGGGGGAGGGGCCGUGGCUCCAUCAAAGCAAUGUGCAGGGGAACCACUAUUGCUGAAACAAAUGGAAAUAUGCCCUUUGGAAGGGGGUUUAACCACAAUAAUAGUGGUCCAUUUUCGACUGUCCAGACAGGAACCCCAGCAGCUGUAGGUCUUGAGGGCCUGAAGACCACCCCCGAGUUUAGUGUGGGAGUUGGUCGAGGAAACAGAGCAUCUUAUGGAAUGUCAUCCCCAGUCUCCUCUGUGAUUGCUGCAAUGCCUCAACAAAACAAAAACGCAGAAGAAGACUUGGAAUCAAAUGACAGUGUGAAGGAUGGGGACAAAAAGCUGAAGAGAAUCGAGAAGAAGCUGAGGCAGAUUCAGCUGCUGGAAGAUAAGAUGGAGAAGGGGUACACUCUGACAAAGGAGGAGGCUGCAAAAGUUGGCAUGAAGAGAAGUUUGACAGCUGAGAGAGAUCAGUUACAACAAGAGAAUGAAUCAAGAAUGGCGCAGUACAAAAUAUAUGAUCCUGAGCAAGAGAUCCCCUGCCCAUACAACAAAUGUGAAAUGAUAAGAGCCAAGCGCAUGCCAUAUCACCUCAUCAGAUGCAGGAGGAACCAUCCAUGUUCAGAGUAUGCCAGCUGUCCCUUGAAUGCCACUCAUGUGGUGCCAAAACCUGAGCUACGGUACCACCUGGAAAACUGCCCAGAUAAACCACGACUGGAACAGAAUAUCGCUUUUGAUGCACAGAAGAAGGAAGGAAGCACACUGUUUACUGGUUGUACAAAGUUACCCACGUACAGUCAAAUAGACUUAAAGGCUGAUGAUGACUGGGAGAAAGAAAUUCCUCUUCUUCCUCGUAUUGGAGUGGAUCCAAAUAUUUUUGCCAAAAUGGAAGGAAUUCAACUACAAGGACUUACAUCAGCAGAGAAAAAACACAUGAAGGCACAAUAUGCUUUACCACCAGAGGAAAGAAGGUACUUUAAAAAUCCAGAUAAACCAGGAGAGCAGACAACAGGUGAUCCAAACCAGGAAGAAGAGGAGGAGGGGGAGUUAAGGAUUCCUAAAAAAGCUCCCCAGACCUACGUCCCCAAACCACAGUCAACCAAACAACAACCACACACUGUGUUCACCUUUUCCUUAUCCUCCACAGGGGUUGGCAGAGGUCAGUCAGCCACAGCUGGGGAACAGCCCUCCUUGGAGGGUGUGGGGAUGGGUGUUGGUCAGGGGAUUACAGGGGUUGGCAGAGGGAGGGCAGAUUCAGUACGGCAUGGCAGUGAAAAAAUGAACAAUUCGUUGAACAUGAUUGGGAGAGGACAGAGUAUCAGAGGACAUCAGGUGAUGAGGGGUGGUGCUGGAAGGUUGAUGACAGCAGGCACUGGACGAGGUGUUUCCAUGGACAGACCAGGAAAACAAGAUUGAAGUCCAAAAAGAAGUUCUUGAAUUUGAAGACUUUAUCUUCCAGUAAAUAUGAAAACCUGUCAUAAACUGUAUUGAGUGUCACCACUUAUUACGUUACAAAGAAUGUGGAGUUCUCAGAAUAUGAUUUUUUUGUUGAUUAUUCUGAUUCCUUACUAUCAAAGAACUAUACAUGUAUUUACAUGUAAUUGAAAAUUUUUUUUUGGUUAAUUGGGUAUGUUUCAUAUGAGGUACAUAUAUUGUAUGAGAUUAGUUUUGUUACUGAA